AUGGGAUACGAAAAUUUCAAUCAUCAACCAAACUUUAAACCAAUUGACCACCUCUAUGAAGCUCGAUUGCGUCAAUUCACCGACACCGGAGGCCAAUACCCUAGUUUGAACUUGCCCAAAUUUUAUGACAUUCAUAGAACUGAAAUUGGUAACUUACAAACUUGGAAAGUGCCCGAUGACAAAGAAGGUAGGACUCAAAGACCAUUAUUUCGUGAUAUCAAGUUUGAUGAAGUAUCUUGGGAGCAUAUUGGAUUAGGAUACAAUUUUGGACCCAGUUGGAAGACAUUUUGGGUCAAAUUCCACUUGGAUAUUCCUCAAGAUUGGCUUAAAUAUGAAGGAUUGGAAAUUGAAUGGGAUUCCAGCUCCGAAGCAUUGAUUUAUGAUGCCAACGGUCUCCCCUUGCAAGCUUUUACUGGUGGUGAUCGUAACUUGUUUGAAAUUCCCGACAAGUUUAGAAAAACUGGUAGACAAUUAUUUUACAUCGAAGUUGCUUGUAAUGGAAUGUUUGGUAAUGGUGCUGAUGGUGAACCAAAUCCAAACAGAUAUUUCCGCUUGAACAAGGCUCAUUUAGUGGUUCCUAAUUUAGAAGCUAGACGUCUCUUUUGGGAUUUUUGGAUCUUGGGCGAUGCAGCAAGAGAGUUCCCUGGCGGAUGGCAAAAAUAUCAAGCAGCUGAUGUUUGUACCAAGAUUAUGAAUGCGUUUGAUCCUGAAAAUGUCGACUCAAUUAAAGAGUGUCGUAAAUUGGCUACUAAAUUGCUCGGUGAUAAGAUCAAUUCAGAAGCAGUGUUUAAUGACUACCCAAACAAGAAUAACAAACGUAUUGAUGUAUUUGGCGUGGGAAACUGUCACAUUGAUACUGCUUGGGAAUGGCCAUUUGCUGAAACAAAGAGGAAAAUUGUUAGGUCAUGGACUACUCAAUUGAAAAUUGCUGACAAGUAUCCCGAAUAUGUAUUUGUAGCAUCACAAAUGCAACAAUUCAAAUGGUUGAAACAAUCAUAUCCUGAAAUUAUUGACGAUAUAAAGGAAAAAUUCAAGAGAAAUCAAUUUAUCCCACUUGGUGGAUCAUGGGUUGAGAAUGAUACUAAUUUACCCAACGGUGAAUCUUUACUAAGACAAUUUAUCUUGGGACAACGAUUUUCUCAAGCUGAAUUUGGAUUUAGGUCAAAUAUAUUUUGGUUACCCGAUACUUUUGGUUAUAGCUCACAAAUCCCACAAAUUUGUCAAUUAUCCGGUAUCGAUCGGUUCUUGACACAAAAACUAUCAUGGAAUAACAUCAAUACAUUCCCACUCACUACAUUCAACUGGAAGGGGAUCAAUGGAUCUCAAGUAUUGGUGCACAUGCCUCCGGAUAAUACCUACACAGCAGCAGCAAACUUUGGUGAUGUCCUGAGAUCACAACAUCAACACAAGAACUUAAGAGAUGUACCAACUGGAUUGUUACUUUAUGGUUUUGGUGAUGGUGGUGGUGGUCCAACCCCAGAAAUGAUUGAAAAAUUGAGACGGUGUAGAGGUUUGAGUAACGAGGUGGGUUUACUUCCAUCAGUGGCAUUGGACGUUUCGAUUGAGGAUUUUUACGAUCAUUUGUUGGAGAAAUCAAAUAAUGGACUGACGUUGCCCACUUGGACGGGUGAGAUUUAUCUUGAGUUUCAUCGUGGUACUUAUACAGUGCAAGCAAAGAUCAAGAGACUUAUGAGACAAGGUGAGAUUAAGUUGCACGAUUUGGAAUUAGUUGCUGGUUUGGUUAGUCUCAAGAAUAAGGAUUACACUUACCCCUCCAAGGAGAUUAACGAUUUAUGGGAAGAUCUUUGUUUAUGUCAGUUUCAUGAUGUAUUGCCCGGUAGUUGCAUUGGUAUGGUUUACUAUGAGGAAGUGUUUCCCAUGUUGACAAGUUUAUUAGAAAAAGCUGACAAGUUGAUUUUCAAAGCCUUCGAAGCUUCAGGUAAACCUAAACGCAACGCAGUUGUCAAUACUUUACCUUGGGAUAGACACAAUGAAAUUGUUGAACUUAGUGAAGAUGAGUCACCAGAUUUGUACAAGACAUUCAAGAAGGAUGGACAUAUUACUGCCAAUGGCAAGCUUCAAUUGUCUAUUGAUUACAUUUCGGGAGAGACCAAGGUGAACAAAAAAGUGAAAUACCCUGCCAGCGUUGAAUCCAACGACGAAGGUUACAUUUUAUCCAAUGGGUUAUUGGUGGCCAAAAUCUCUUCAAAUGGUGUUAUUACUUCGCUUUAUGAUACAGUUGCUGAAAGAGAAAUCAUUGACAAUACCGCCACUAAACAAACAAUGCAAGGAAACAAAGUGGUUGGCGGUAACCAAUACGUGUUGUUUGAUGAUGAACCUCUCAAUUUCCCUGCUUGGGACACUGAGUUGUACUCUUUGGAAAAAUUCAAGUUGUUGGAUAAUGCAAAGAGCAAGAUUUUGUCCAAUGAUGCAAUUGAGUCAUCAAUUGUUGUCACGCAUGAAAUCUCGCCCAACUCAUCCAUUGAAACUGUUAUUUCAUUACCUGGAAUCAAUGAUGAAAAUAGUAUCAACAAUUAUGUCAAAUUUUCAUCAACUGUGCAAUGGCAUGAAACAUACAAGUUUUUAAAAGUACAAUUCCCAACAACAAUCAAUACUUCCUUGGAUGCUAGUUAUGAAACUCAAUUUGGAAUCACAAAGCGGCCUACUCAUUACAAUACCACUUGGGAUGUGGCCAAGUUUGAAGUAUGUCAUCACAAAUUUAUGGAUUUGAGUGAGUACAAUUAUGGUGUUUCAAUUUUGAACAAUAACAAAUACGGUGGUUCAAUCCAUGGCAAUUUGAUUAGAUUAUCAUUACUUAGAAGUGCAAAAGCCCCCGAUAACAAAGCUGACAUGGGCGAGCAUAAAUUUGAAUAUGCAAUUUAUCCACAUCGUGGACCAUUGGGUGUAAACACCGUGAAAGCCGGCUACAAUUUCAACUACAAGUUGAUUGCCAAAGCCAUGGAUACAUCAUAUUUACACGCCGUUAAAUUAAACACUGAUGCCGAUUCAUCAUCGUCAUUGAUUUUAUCUCAUAUCAAACGUGGCGAGGAUGAUGUUGAUGUGAGUCAGUAUUCUCAAUUAUCCAAGAAUGAAAAAUCCAUUGUGGUGAGAAUUUAUGAAUCCUUGGGUGGGGUUGGUAAAGGAGAGUUGGUUAUUGAUGAAAAGUAUUUCAAAGUUGAUAAAGUUUUGAAAACGAAUGGAUUAGAAAAUCAAGUGUUUGAAGAGUUGGAAGUGAAGAAGGGUGUUGUUGGCAUCAAUUUGAAAGGGUUCGAAAUUGGUACUUUUAAAAUUUUGUUAAAGUAG